AUGCGGCGUGUCCCGAUAUGCUGCGCGCUGGUGGCGCUGCUCGCGGCCCUGGCGAAGGUGCGAUACUCACACGUCGACGCGCGCCAGAAGAUCAGGGUCGUGCAGCUCGCCGAGGCCCGCUGGGUGAGCGCCGAGGAGCUGUGGGCGGCGGCGAUGUCCUCUGCGGACCGAGACGGCCUCCGCGAAGCCCUCCGCGGCUUCGAGGUCGCCCUCGCAGGCACGGCGCCACCUCCCGCCGCCGCGCCGCUCGCGGACCGCUUCGCGGCCUGGCUCGGCGGGCCGCUGCGACUGCGCUGCCUGCACCGCGUCGCCGCGGGCCGCGAGCUGCUGCGCGACAGCCUGGCGGCCGUGGUCAGCGGCCACGCCGCCCUGCUGCGCGAGGGCUACUGCGAGGCGGCCCUCGCCGACGCGAGCGGCGAAGGGCGCGCCUCGCAGGCGGGCCUCCGCGCGCAGCACACGGCGUGCCUGGCGCCGAUCGCGCGGGGCCUCGUCAUGUUCGCGGCCGACGAGGCGGAGGCCCAGGAGAGUUUCGCCCGCGUUACCGCGCUGCGCCACGCGGACGGCUCGUCUGCGGUGCUGAGCUCGAAGGAUCAAAAAACAGCAUAA